AUGGUAAUCAAUAUGAACCAAGUCACCACCCGGUUCAGCGACAACUACGAAGUCAAGGAGGAGUUGGGAAAGUGGGUUUUUAAUUUUUUAAUUUUUUUAAAAUUUUUUAAUUUUUUUUUAAUUAAAAAAUUUUUUUUUAAAUUCGAAAAUUUUGAUUCUUGAAAAAUUUAUUGGGCUGUUCGAAAAUUCCUGUGCCCCCUUUCAAAGUUAGUAGCUCAGAAUUAUUUGAACAACUUAAGAAUAAAGCAUGCACAUUGCAAAUUUUAAAAUUAAAGUUUAAAUAAAAAUUAAUUAAAUUUUGCUUAAAUUUUGCCAUUUUUACAGUUUACAUAAAAAAGUCAAUAUUAAAAUGACAGUUGAAAAAAAUAUUGUAUUCUGCACAGUGCAUUCGUUAGAUCAAAUAUUGUACGGUGCAAAGACUAAACUUGCUUGCACAGUUAAAAAAAUUAAAAAAAAUUAAAUAAAGCUAAAAAAAUAAUUUUUUUAAAAAAAUAGAAAUAUUUAGACUAUCAAACUUUUUUAAUUUAAAAAACGCUCACCUGCACCUCGUAUUUUACACUAAAAACCUCAUUUUAGGGGCGCCUUUUCCGUUGUGCGAAGAUGUGUCCAAAAGACCACAAAUAUGGAGUUUGCGGCCAAGAUCAUCAACACCAGAAAGUUGAAUGCCAGAGGUGUGUAUUUUAGUCUCAAACUGUCAAAAAAGUGAUACCAAAUGAUAAAAAAAUUGAGACGAAGUGUCAAAAAGUUAAGACGAAAUGCCAAAAAACUCGAAAAAACAGAAAAAAAUUGUUUUUUUCGCUGUUUUUCGAUAUUGUUUUAGAUGUUUUUGACUCUUUUUAACGCAUAAAUUAAUAUUUUAUGGAUUAAGAUGCAUUGGACUUUAUUUUGCAAACUUUAUUUUUUAUUUUUCUUGUGUAAAAUUCUUCUCAACGGCUUUUAACGCUUCAUAAAAGAGCUUUAAACUCAAAACAUUUUAAUUUUAACAUUUUUAAAAUGCCUUUUUCAGAUCUUCAAAAGUUGGACCGUGAAGCGAGGAUAUGUCGUCGCUUAAAGCAUCCGAACAUUGUGCGUUUACAUGACAAUAUACAGGAAGAAGCCUUCCAUUAUCUUGUUUUUGAUCUGUAAGUGACACUUUUAAUCGUAAUUUCCAAUUGUUCACAGUAGAGGAAGUAAAAUUUUGUGGAAAACAUCAGAAAAUCUUUGGCAUACAUUAUUAUUUAUUAAAUUCUUGGCUAAAUCAAUAGUUUCUGCAAGUUAUGGCGAUUUAAGCUUAUAUUACCUUAAUAUAAUCAAACUUUAAGUCAAAGACAGUAUUAUUCAAGGCCAAUUUCAGCGUUACGGGUGGAGAACUGUUCGAAGAUAUUGUCCGCCGUGAAUUCUACUCCGAAUCUGACGCCAGUCACUGUAUCCAACAGAUUCUGGAGUCGAUUGCGUACUGUCACGCCAAUGGAGUCGUUCAUCGUGAUCUGAAGCCAGAGAAUUUGCUCUUGGCUAGCCGUGCUAAAGGAGCAGCUGUUAAAUUGGCUGAUUUUGGAUUGGCAAUCGAAUUGCAAAGCGAUCAAGAAGCAUGGUACGGAUUUGCCGGUACUCCUGGCUACUUGUCGCCAGAGGUUUUGAACAAGGAUCCUUAUGGAAAACCGGUCGAUAUCUGGGCUUGUGGUAGGUUUUGGUUUGGUUUUUUAGAUUUAUAUUACGAAGGAUUCUAUAUUCUUUAUGUAGUUUUAUUGUAAUGUACGGUAUUUCAAGCUUAGUAUACUGUAACAAAGUUGAAAAAAACCAAUUUUUGUGAAAAUUUUGUGAUUUUUUUUGGCUUUUGGUCGAUUUUUUAAACAUUUUUGUCAUGUUGAUCAUGCUAUAUAUUUAUUUACUUUACGAUAUAUACAAUGUAUAACAACUUAUGUUUUAGGUGUGAUCUUGUACAUUUUGCUGGUCGGAUACCCACCCUUUUGGGACGACGAACAGAACAAAUUGUACAGCCAGAUCAAGAACGGUGCUUAUGAUGUAAGUUUGCUAUUUCAAAUAUGUUACUCUAUAUCCUGUUUUUAACCUACAUUAAUUUCAAUUUACACUUUUGCUUUAAAAUUUCAAAAAAUUUGAUUUUUAGGGAUUUCUAGGUGAAAAAUUGUUAUUUUUGGACAUUUUUUCUAUUUUAAACGCGAUAAAGGCUAGAAUUUUGUAGUUUUUUUUUAAAUUUAAGUAAUACAGAGAAUAAGGAUUUUGCUUUUAGUACCCAAGCCCUGAAUGGGAUACAGUGACCACGGAAGCCAAGGGUUUGAUCGACAGUAUGCUCACCUUGAACCCUAAGAAGAGAAUCACAGCUGAAGAAGCGUUGAAGGUGCCAUGGAUCUGUGUAAGUUAUUAUUUAUGGUAUAAUACGCUAUGUUAUUACUUAUGGUAUGUAAGCUCUUUAAAAAUUUUAACUUUUUUUGCCAAAAAGAUUGACACAGGGGGGGGGGACCAAGCUGAUUUUUCUGCGAAUUUUUUAAAAUUUGAAAUUUUUGAUUUUUUUUGAAAAAAUAUAAUAUAUAAGAUAAUUAUGAUGUGUCUAAAUGGGCCACACGUAUUUUACAUUUACAUCACUUACAUUGUCAUACUUUAGAACCGUGAGCGCGUUGCAUCGAUGGUGCAUCGUCAAGAGACUGUGGAAUGCUUGCGACAAUUCAAUGCUCGUCGCAAACUCAAGGUAAGUGUUUUCAAUGUGUUUUCUAUUAUGACAUUUCAUUUUAUGGCAUUUGGCAACACCUUAAAAUUAUUUUCUAAAAUGGAAUUUAAAAAAAUUCAAUUUUACAGAAUUUAAAAAAGGUCGUAUAUGAAGUGCCAUUAUACGUUUUGAGUAGGGUCUGCCAAAAGUACUGUAACUUUGAUAUUUUUGGUAAUUUGGAAAUUUUGUUUUUGGGGUUGAUUGGCCAAGGGCAUGAUCUAUAUUGAAAUGAAAUUUCAAAAUUCUAGCUGAUUUUUGAAAAAAGUUAUGGCAUAAACAAGUUGAGUCAAUAUUUUGAUUCAAAGCCUUUCUUUCAAUGUUAAAAUAAAAUGAAAUUAACGUAUUUUUUCAAGUUUUGAAUUACUAUUGUUGAAUAAAACGUUGCCAAAUGCCAUAGAUACGACAUGUUCUUAAAGUUUCCUGAGUCUCUCACUUUUGUUGCCGUGUUGUUUCUCCUCCCUUCAUAUCACCUGAACGUUUCGUGUCUAUCGAGUACCACUUUACAUGGUUGUUGUCGUAUGUUUCUCCACUUUACAUGGUUGUCGUCGUAUGUUGUGCGUGCUAUCCUGUUUUCAAGUUUAUUAUGUGGUUAUGUCAAAGCAUGGUUUUUGGUAUUUUAAGUUCUUGCCAAGGGUUGGUUACAAAGUAGUGUUUUAGAUUGGGUAUGGCGUUUUUUCCUAAAAAAUAUAUGCUAGGGAGUGUUUUUUUGUUCCAUCAGGUUGUUGAAAUGGUUUUGUGCUUCUUCUCAAAGCAAUUUUUUGGGAUUAGAGGGCACAGAAUUAUUUGAACAACCUAACCUUUCUUGGUAAAACGUUAAAUAAUUAUCUAAAUUUUGCGUUUAAAUUUGAGUAGCGUACUGUAGCUUUCUAAACUUUGUGUUUUGAUGUAAAAUACAUUAUCAGAAAGUAUAAAAUGAUAUUAAUGUUGUCUGAAUCAUCUUUUUCGGCUUCAUCUUUCAUGUUUUCUUAUAGUUUUUACGCUUUUUCGAUAUUGUAUUAGAAAGGGAGUUUAUUUUUAAAUUUUGAAGAAAAAUUAAUAUUGGAAAAAAAAAUUUUUAAAUUAGAAUUGAAGAAGGAAUUUUGGGGUUGUUUCUAGUUUUAUUAUUACGGGCUUUGAACUUCUUAUUAGAGUGUUGCAAAAGUUUUGUCGUUUUUGAGUGUUUAAAGCUGUGUAAAUUAACGACAAGACUUUUUGUUUCAUUUUAUAUUUUAUUAGGUUGUUCAAAUAAUUGUGUGGCUUCUCAAAAGCAAGCUUUCAGGGUUAAGGCGACAGAAUUAUUUGAACAACUUAAUAUUAUCUAUAAUAAUAUAGAUGAACAUUUUUUGCUUUGAUAUUAUUCUUCUUUUCAUUCAUUUUUCUAUAUUUACCUUGCUCUUUUGCCAUUUUUUUGUACUUAUCUUACCCUUUUGCCCACUUUUAAACUCAUCUUACACCUGCUGCCAAUCUUUUUUAACUCCGACCCUCUUAUCCACCCCUCUUUCACACCUUACCCCUCCCUUCUCAUUGUGGUUGUGUUGUUGUUGUUUUUUUUUAUUUUUUGAUGUUGUUUUGUUUCAUUUGGUAUAGGCGGCCAUUUCGGCGGUCACCGUGAUCAAUCGAAUGAGUAGCGCCUUCCGAAGUGCCAACACGAAUAGUGCGGAUUCCGGCUCAUCAUCGGCAUCGUCGCCGCCUUCAACGACGCAAAAGAAGCGGGCCGCGCCCUCACCCUCCGAACAACAACCGACCGUGGUGAGGUUAGAGUCCACAACCUCAGUUCAACCCUCCAAAACCUACAGCGCCGAGGUAGUUGUUGUUGUAUUUUGGCGUAACCGUUGUGCUUCUGUUGUUCGCUUACACUUUCCACUGGCUUCGCACUCCUUUGUGCCCCUUUUUAUUUAACAGCUAGUGAGGAUGGUUGGGGGGAUGAUGGGAGAUGGUAGUGGAUGGUAUGUUGGAAAAGAUUAUGAAUUUUGAAUUUUUAAAAGUUUUUUGGAAUUCUUAAAAUUUGAAUUUAAAAAACGAAAAAUUUGAAAAAUUUAAAUUUAUAAAUACUGAAAAUGACAAAUUUUAAAAAUUGAAGUUAAAAAUGAAAAUUCAAAAAUUUUGAAAAAAUGUUGCCUCAGGCUUCAUAAAACAUAAUUUUUUAAACGCAUCCCCACUACUUCGCCCACACUCCCCUAUACCUACAAUACUAUGAUUUCGCUUUGGCACGUCUCAGGAUCACCCCCAAAAUAUGCAAAUUUUCAAAAAUUUUUGUUUUCAGGGCGCCAUUCUCACCACCAUGAUCGCUACCCGCAACCUGUCCAGUAAGUUUUGGCGUAUUUUGUUUAUCACUAAAGGGCUGUCAUUUGUCAGCUUCAAUUAA